CUACUUUUCAGUUUCUGUGUUCCUGGGGCAUUGAAUGAACCCUCAACCUUUGUGGUGCCAACACAAAGCUUUACCAAUUGAAUAGGGGUGGAACGGUUCACAAAAUCCAUGGUUCGGUUCUAUUACGGUUCUGUGGUCACGGUUUUCGGUUUGAUUCGGUGAAUUGAACUACAGGAAUAUAUCUACUGUGACUUCAUGAUGCAGCAGACAAUGUUGCGGGUUAAGGAUCCUGUGAAAUCCCUGGACUUCUACACACGCAUCCUCGGAAUGACGUUGCUGCAGAAGAUUGAUUUUCCUGCCAUGCGAUUCACCCUGUACUUCUUGGGUUAUGAGGACAAGAAAGAAGUCCCGGCUGAUGUGAAGGAGAGGACAGCUUGGACGUUCUCUCGUCGAGGCACUAUAGAGCUCACCCAUAACUGGGGCUCAGAGACAGAUGACAGCCAGACUUACCACCACGGCAACUCAGAUCCACGAGGCUUCGGCCACAUUGGAAUUGCUGUGCCAGAUGUCUAUGCUGCUUGCAAGCUGUUUGAAGAGCAGGGAGUGACCUUUGUAAAGAAACCUGAUGAUGGUAAAAUGAAAGGCCUGGCCUUUAUUCAGGAUCCUGAUGGUUAUUGGAUAGAGAUUCUCAGCCCCAACGGCAUGGUGCCCAUCACAUCUUAAAGACUGUUCUAAUGCUGUGACCUAAACAUAAAACUAUAGUUAUAAUAAAUUGACGACAGUUGGUUUUUCAGAAAGGAUAAUUGCUCUGUUGACAACAUAGUAUGGAAAGGUAGACAGAAAACCCUGUCUAGGGCUGAAAUAUGAGAAUGUGUUUUUGUGAAUUCAACACUUUUGAAUGCCUUCUUUGUAAUUAUACUUAUUUGUUUACAUACAAAAUAAAGUGUUUAUGUUGAGUAA